UUCUUCUUCUGCUAUUUCACAAGGCAGGAACUGAGGUUUUGUUGCCAUCUCUGUAUUUCAUAUCAAAUAAAACAGAUUUUAAACGCGCGUUGCACGCAUCGCAAAAAUAAAGAAAAAAUGGUUGCAUUUGCAGAAAGAACUUGGGUAAACGGUAGUUUGUUGAAGAAUUUUAUUGGCGAAAAUAUAUCUAUAUUUUUGCGCGUAAAAGAUGAAGUUGGUGCGAAUCUCAUUGGUAUUUCUUCUGACAAUCAAACUAUCACUGUAAAAGUUUCCGAGCCAAGUGGUGUUUCUGCUGGUGACUGGAUUGAAGUGCAGGGUAAAGCAUUAAAUUCCACUACAGUGCAGUGCAAAGAUAUUAUGUCCUUUGGUGGAGAGCAAAUUGACUUCGAUAAAGAUGCUUGUGACAUGAUGGCGCAUUUUGUAAAUAACUGCAAGGAUAUAUUUGCGUACACUUGAACCUCUCUUUAGCAUUAUCUUUGUAUGAAAAAUAGAAUUAUAUUUUGUGUAGCGCAUAUUAUCAAAAAUGAUAUUUACAAACA